AUUUGAAAGCCAUUUUUUUAUUUUAUUGUUUACUCUUUUUCUAAAAAAAUAAAUAAAUAAAUAAAUAAAAAUCAAUACUGCAUACGAUUUACAAAGUCAAUUUUUCUUAUGCCUUUGCUCCACAGAAAGUUGUGAUCUGUCUUAAUUGACGAACUCCCCUCCGACUCUUAUGGAUCUUUGAGACAUUCCAAUCUCUCCUCUCUCUGAACACUACGGCAACCUCUUCUUCUCCUCCAAAAGCAUAAUCGUAAACCAAUCUUAAUUUACUUUGUAAAUCUCUCAAUCUCUCUGUCUCUCUGUCGCUACCACUAUGGCUCUGGGUAAGGCGCGGCCCCACAAGCGGCCGUCCACUUCCUACGCGUCGACGGUGACCACGGCGGUGUUCAUAGCGAUGUGCGUUCUGGGAGUCUGGAUGCUCACCUCCAACUCCGUCGGCCCCCCACAAACCACCACUCGCACCUCCACCUCCACCGUCACCACCGCCGACUCUGGCAACGCCGCAUUUUCUUCCUCCGGCGAUGCCCAUAUCUCCAACUCCGCCUCCUUCAAUAAAAAAGACUCCCCUGUUUUCGAAGACAAUCCCGGCGAUCUCCCCGACGACGCCAUCAAAUCCGACGAGCCCCGCCCCCAAUCCGACGCUGCCGCUGUGGACGAAAAGGCCCAUCAGGAAUUUCACGCGGCGUCAUCGGAAUCGUUCGGGAAGAACGACAACUACAAACAAGAAUCGGGCAACGAAAGUGAGAAUCAAGUCUCUGAGGAAAGUUCCAUGACCCAAACCCAACAGGCGGAGGUAACAAGCGGUCAGAGCGAGAAUCAGAAAUAUCAAGAGGAAGAAAACGCAGAGCAAAAUAAACCGGAAAUCAAGACGGAGAAAAUUCCCGAAGAAGAAAGCAAAGGGGUAAUGAACAUGGGAAUUAAUGUUGAAGACCAAAAUCAAAACCAUUCCGGGGAAAGCGAAAGCAGUGAAAACACAAAAGAUCAGUCUCAGAAAGAGACGUCGGAUGAAACAGAGAAAGAGCAAUCGCAGCAAGAGACGAGUACUCAAGAACCAACGGACGAUGAAGGCAAUAAAAACGGGAGACCCCAACAAGCGCAGACCAGCACAGACACAGCUCGGGAGUCCCAAACUCCAUCAACGUUAGAACAGGUCCAGACCCAACCCGAAAAUCAAGAAAGCCAAAAGGAAUCGGAACCAGAGCCGGAGCCUGACGAGAGAAGCCCCACCAAACAGAUCAAGCCCGGGGAGUUUGACUCUGGCGCCGAGUCGGGAACCCGGGAGGAAUCAAACGCGAAGUCCUGGUCGACUCAGGCGGAUCAGUCCGAUAACCAGAACGGGAGAAGCAAUAGCGACGGGAGGGGCACGGACGGGAGCGUAGGAGGGUACACGUGGCAGCUCUGCAACGUUACGGCGGGCACGGACUACAUACCGUGCUUGGACAACGAGAAGGCGAUAAGGAAACUGCGCACCAGGAAACAUUACGAGCACCGGGAGAGGCAUUGUCCGGAGGAGGCACCGACGUGCCUCGUCCCACUUCCGGAGGCGUACAAGAAGCCGAUCGAGUGGCCGCAGAGCAGAGAAAAGAUAUGGUAUCACAACGUUCCGCACACGAAGCUGGCGGAGGUGAAGGGGCACCAGAAUUGGGUAAAGGUGACGGGGGAGUUCCUGACGUUCCCGGGCGGUGGGACCCAGUUCAUACACGGUGCGCUCCACUACAUUGACUUCGUGGAGAAGGCGGUGCCGAAGAUAGCAUGGGGGAAGCAGACGAGGGUGAUACUGGACGUGGGGUGCGGGGUGGCCAGCUUCGGUGGAUUUCUGUUCGACAGAGACGUGCUGGCAAUGUCGUUCGCCCCAAAAGACGAGCACGAGGCACAAGUUCAGUUUGCGCUGGAGAGGGGGAUCCCCGCCAUCUCCGCCGUCAUGGGUUCCCAGCGCCUCCCCUUCCCUAGCCGCGUCUUUGAUCUUGUUCACUGUGCUCGCUGCCGUGUUCCCUGGCACGUUGAAGGUGGUGCUCUUCUCUUGGAGCUGAAUCGGGUUCUGAGGCCCGGCGGCUAUUUUGUCUGGUCUGCCACUCCCGUCUACCAGACGCUUCAAGAAGACGUGGAAAUCUGGAAAGAAAUGAAAACACUGACAAAAUCAAUGUGCUGGGAGCUGGUGACUAUAAGGAAGGAUAAAUUGAACUCGGUGGGGGCAGCCGUAUACCGCAAACCCACCUCCAAUGACUGCUAUGACAGCAGAAAGCACAGCAAACCCCCAAUUUGCAAGGGUGAUGACGACCCAAAUGCUGCCUGGUAUGUGCCUCUACAGUCAUGCGUGCACCGCGUGCCGGUUGAAGAAGGUGAGAGGGGAACUAAAUGGCCAGAGCAAUGGCCUCGCCGGCUACAGAUGCCCCCCUACUGGCUCAACAGCUCCCAGACCGGCGUUUAUGGGAAACCAGCGCCCGACGAUUUCACCUCAGAUUUCGACCACUGGAAACGAGUGGUGUCCAAGUCUUAUUUAACCGAGCUGGGCAUCACCUGGUCCGCCAUCAGAAAUGUCAUGGACAUGAGGGCUGUUUAUGGCGGGUUUGCAGCAGCACUGAGGAACCAGAAAGUGUGGGUGAUGAAUGUGGUGAAUACAGAUUCUCCAGACACUCUUCCCAUAAUCUAUGAGAGGGGGCUGUUCGGGAUAUACCACGAUUGGUGUGAAUCCUUCAGCACCUACCCCAGAACCUAUGAUCUCCUGCAUGCCGAUCAUCUCUUCUCCAGGCUCCAGAAGAGGUGCACACUUGUCUCGGUGUUGGCAGAGGUUGAUAGAAUAGUAAGGCCUGGAGGCAGGCUGAUCGUACGGGACGAGCCGAGUGCCACCGAGGAAGUCGAGGGCCUGUUGAAGUCCCUGCACUGGAAUGUUCAUGUGGCUUUCUCCUCAAAGCAGGAAAUUGUACUCGCUGCACAAAAAUCUGAGUGGCGGCCCAGCUCAUUCUCUGCCUCGUCCUGAUCGUGCAAAAGAUGGCAUUUAUGUGCAAGGAAAUGGAGACGGUUGGCCAUUCCCAAGCAGACACUUGGGAUGUUUUGCCUUUCUGUAGAGUUGGAGGCUCCUUCAAAUGUAAUCUUACUAGUUGAGAUUCUUUCCAAAGCUAACUUGUGUUUGAUGCUUCGCUAGAAAUAGAAUUUUUCCUAUAGAUAUUGGACUUGCACCUGCUCUUGAGGAUAAGGCAGGGCAAGAUUUGUUUUAUUUGUCGAUUUUGAUGUGUUGGAGGAUUUUUAAUCAAAUGUAACAUCAAUUUUAUUGUAGUUGUCAUCUAUCACUGGCAAAGCCAGAAUGGUGCAAUUUUUACAGUUGAAAUAAGAGCCUGACAAACAUUUUAUUUCUA